GGACUACAUUUACACCCACCCUGCGUUGUCACAAACCGAAAGUACGUUGUCAACUUCACGUGAUAAUGGUUCAUUAGAUUGAUUUGUUUGAACGAAAUUUACAGUUGCGUCUAUUUCACAUUUCAUGAUGGGGAGAAAUAUGUUUUGGAUUACUUCCUCCGUGACAAUUAUUUUCCUGGCAGGCGUUUGCGGAAAAUCCCCCACAGUUUACAUCACGGAGCAAUGUGGAAAGUCAGUGAUUCUUACGGAGCAAACCAUUGUGGAGUUAUCUCCUGACACUCAACCAAAGUUAAACAACACUUCCUGCCGAAUGAAUCUCAGUCCAUCCAUUUCAAGCAGCAAUAAGUCGGGAACAGUUCUUAGCAUUCAGAAUAUUAGAUUGACGCCGCGUACAUCAGGCGCAUGCGUAGACAAUAGUAUUGAUAUUUACGAUGGGGCAGAAAAACUGAAUAAACAAGACCUGUGCGGAAUGUAUUUGGAUCAGCAUACGUUUGCCACUAAUAGCACUGCUAACCAAGUGAUGGGGAUAGAGUUGAAAUCCCGCGACACUGUAGAGAGAAAAAUCAGCUUUCUGGCUAUAGUUACUCCAUUCCACAAUGCCCCUUGCAUCUCCAGCGAGUUUCAGUGUGCCAACAGUCGCUGUAUCGAUUCUGAACUAAUCUGUAAUGGACUCAACAACUGUGGGGACAACAGUGACGAAAGAAAUGGCUUGUGCGGACUGUUAUAUCUGACCACUGCUGCCAUUGUGGGUAUCGUGCUGGGGGUACUGGCAGCUAUGUUUUGCAUCCCCUGUCUGAUCAUCUGUCUGUGUUGCAGGAAGAAAAGGCGACAACGGGUUCAGUAUCAGAGGAUUUAAGCCCGUUUACAGAGGAGUGUGUGCAUAAUUUCAACACUGUACUUGAUUUGUACAAAUAAUUCUCAUAAUUUUUGUAUGACACAUACAUUGUAUUAAAAUUUGUAUAUUUCACAGGAAAAUUAGUGAAGCCAUAAUGAAUCCCUGCUGAUGUAUGUGUAAUUCAUUUAAAUUUCUGCUGUAUGCAAGUUUUCUAAACAUUGUGCAGAAGAUUUAUUUUGUAUCACGCAGAAGAUUUUUGAUAAACAUUUUGUUGUUAUUUUGUGCUCCUUUUUUCUAUAUUUUUAUUAAAUGUUACAUUUGACCCUAACUGCAAUGUGCUAUCUAGAAAGCAUUUUUCUUUUGCAAUGUAACAUUUUUCUUUUGUUAUGUUACAUUGCAACCAUCAUCUAAAUAAUUAGUAAUUUGUUGGUUUUAUUUCCCAAAUCGAUUGGUUAACGACAACUAAGAUACAGUAAGUAACCAACCAGAAUAUACAGGGAAAAUCCAUUACCAUGGUUACUGCCAAUGAGAAUAGAAGAUAUAAUUAGCUUUUACAAGGAAAAUUAAAAUGUUGAUGAAACUGUUGUAAGUUUCAUUUUCUGAAACAAAAGGCUGAUUUAAAAAAGGUUGUUUAAAAGGUUGAUGGCCAAAGGUAUGUGACCUUCAACUCUAAAUGGGAUAUCUUACUUACACUGUACGUUCUUGAAGUAUGAAAUUUACACAUUACAUGUAGUAACAUAUAUGUGUCAGUUUACUUUAAAGAUCUACAUUAUUCUUUAUUAUGACAUCAUGUAAACGCUUUAUAAAUUGUAAUGGUAUCUAUUUCCUCUAAUUUUGUAUAACUGCUUAAAUAUGUCUGGUGUGCUAAUGAAAAGAAUCUGAACAUCACUGCAGUUAUUAGUACAAUACAUGCCAAUUGAUGAAUGUUUAAACCUAUUGCUAGUAUUUAGCUGUGAUUUUUUUGAGAGUAUCCUUGUAAUUUCAUAUUUAGUAGAACUAUCCAUGUUUGUAAGUCAGCAAAAUGGAAUAGCCGGUGAUUGCUAUUUUGGAUAUUUUCAGUUAUAUUUACAUAUUGUAAUCUCAACCUUAAAGAGUUAUUUCAUCAUUGUAAUGUCGUGUUGUUGUUUGCAUUUUUCUGCUACAAUAUACCAUAUUCAGCUUUUUACUUGUUUUGUUGAAAGAAUCUAUGUGAAACAUGACACUCAUCAUGCGAUUUGGAAUUCUUAUUCUUUGAUAUAUUACUAUUUUUUCUUCAAGUGAUGUGAUUUUUGUGUGUUUCUAAGGUAAAUAAUGAAAGUGAUGUGAUUUUUGUGUGUUUCUAAGGUAAAUAAUGAAUGUGAUGAUUUGUUUA